CCCUAUCCUUCAACGCAAGCCCGUUCAGCACGCUCUCAACUGGCAUGGAGAGUCAACAGCUUUUUACCUGCCUGUCAUGUUCGAUCGCUUUCCUCACCGCAGAAGAUCAGAGGGAUCAUUACCGCUCCGAUCACCACAGGUACAACAUGAAGCGUCGUGUUGCGUCUCUUCCUCCAGUCAGCGUAGAGAUUUUCAAUCAAAAAGUGCUGGAGAGGAGGCAGGAGACCGCCGUGAUGCUCUCGCCCAAGGGUUCUACUUGUGAGGUUUGCAACAAGGCGUACACGACAGACAAUGCAUACCGAUCACACAUGAACUCGAAGAAGCACAAAGAAAACGAGCUCAAGGCCGUUACUCGUGCAAGGACACAAUUGGCAGUCGAAGAAGAGUCUACACCCGCUGAGGCAUCCACGUCUUCAACUGUUGCAUCUGCGCAGCCUGAAGAAGAUCCUAUUCCCCAGCAGCCAUCUAAUGGGGUCAGCCUCAAUGUCGAUGCAGAUGCAGAUGAGGACGACGUCAACCAGACACUAGAUCAAAAAAUCGCCGCCGCGCGCUCCCGCCUCUCGCCAUCCCACUGCCUCUUCUGCCCCACGACUUCCUCCUCCCUCGAAGACAACCUGACGCACAUGUCCGUCGAGCACUCAUUCUUCAUCCCGGAUGCCGAGUACCUCGUCGAUCUCACAGGGCUCGUUGUCUACCUCGGGGAAAAGGUUGCGGUCGGGAACGUCUGCAUAUACUGCAACGACAAGGGGCGGGAGUUCAGGACGCUAGAUGCGGUGCGGAAGCACAUGCUCGACAAGAGCCACUGCAAGAUCGCAUAUGAAUCGGACAAGGAGCAGCUGGAGUUCUCCGACUUCUACGACUUCACCGCGUCGUACCCCGAUGCGGAGGAGCGCCAGAAGCGGAGAGAGGAGAGGAAGGCGAAGAAGCUGGCUGCCGAGGCGGAGGAGGGGUGGGAAGACGACGAGGACGUUGAUGGCGAGGUGGACGAGGUCAUCCAGGAAGAGGUCUCUGGGCCCGAGGCGUCCGAUUCCGACACCGACAGCUCAGACGAGGACUCGCUCCCAGAUAACCAGAUCACGUACGGCGACUCCCCCCUCGAGCUCGUCCUCCCCUCCGGCGCACGCAUCGGCCACCGCAGUAUGCGACGGUACUACGCCCAGUCCUUCCCCGGCGCGCCCCGCGGCGGCAAGGCAGAGGACCCCAACUCCGGUGCUGCGCUGGUCCGACGGCUGCUCGCCGACAAGAACUCGGCGCUCGUCCCCCGGAAGGGCGGGUUCGGCGCCUUCGGGAGCGGGACAGAGGUGGUGAAGGCGAGGAACCGCGGAGAGGCGCGGGAGGCUGGCCGGCACGUGCGGGAGUUCCGCGACCAAAAGCGGAGGGAGGACUUCAAGACGAAGAUCGGGUUCAUCGGCAACAGCCAGAAACACUACAGAGAUCCUCUGCUCCAGUGAUUUACCUUGUAGACUUACUAGACCGGAUAGACUGAGUUGUACGCUGCUGUAUUUCCCGUCGCACGAUCUGUAUCAUGUCCAGCUGCAGUUCACGACUCAUGUUGUUGUGGCUGUUCAAUCCAUAUGCAUGAUUGUCAUUCAUC